AUGGCUGAAAACUGGGUCCAGGUUGCCAAAGAAAUGGAUUAUGAAGACCCAGAGAUGAUUGCUGCUGGACACACCUAUGAAAUGACAAUUUCAGUAUUUGAUGACCCACAUCCCUCCCACACGGUAACUGUGACGAUCAUUGUUCAGAUUGCUCCAGCCAAUGAUUUCAGCCCUGUGUUUAAAGCUGCGCACUACUCAUUCUCCGUUCCAGAAACAUCAGGAGCUUUCUACAAAGUUGGAAGAGUGACCGCCAUUGAUGAAGACUACCCACCAAACUGUGUUACGUACAAAAUAGCUAGUGGAGACAUUCAAGUUAUACAAAGAUUCUGGAUUCACCCUCGCUCUGGAAUGAUUGAGCUCACCACACAGCCAGACUAUGAGUCUGUGAAGCAGUAUAACCUCACGGUGGAAGGUGUGGACUGUGACAGACUUCAUCCUCGCACAGCGAUGACCGUGGUCACUGUAGACAUCGAAGAUGAGAAUGACGAGGCACCUGUCUGCACACCCUCUCUCUCUAAGGCCGUCAUUUUUGACAAUGUUGUUCCUGGGACAAACGUCAAUGGCUUCAAACUAAACUGCCACGACAGAGAUUCACAAGAUUUUGAAAUGCGCUUUGAGAUAGUUUCUGGAAAUGAGAACCAUCACUUCGGAUUUGACCCAACUCGAGGUUCAAAUACUCCAAGAUUAAUUGUGAAGAAUGCUUUUCACUUUGAAUCUGGAGCUGAAUUGCAGCGGCAGUACCAUCUCGUGGUCCACAUAAUCGAUGACAACUUGAAAUAUGGCAAAGCCACCAAGCCUAGGACAGGCACUGCUAUUAUGGAUAUUUAUGUGGCAAGGGCCAGUGUGCCACCUCCUGCAACCACCAGUUCAGAACAAAGAAAAGGCCUGACCAUCGUGUACACAGCCAUCAACACGUACACCUCCAGGGGCUGGUACAUUCCUUUCAUCUUCACUCUGAUGGCUGUUCUCUUUGCUGGGUUGGCUUCCUGGGUAUGCUUCCUGCUCUGGAGAUACAGAAGCACCUUGAAAUGCUGUCAGAAGAUGGCCAAGCAAGUCUCCAAGCCCAAGCCCAAGGGUAUAAAGUAUAUUGCAGGAGAUAAAAAUCAAAUGGAAAAGAUUGUCAUGGAAAACAGGAAUAAAAAACUAAAAGUAUUAACAGAAACCAUUGUGUAUGAAACUAUAUUUGAUGGAGAAGCCAUUGAUCCAGUCUCUGGGAAUGUGUAUGAAUAUAACAGCAGAACAGGUGCACGGAAGUGGAAGAAGUCCCCCGGGCACCAGGAGGCGUCCUUGGCGGGCAUGUACACCCUCCCCGAACCCCACUCUUUGGAGGACUCCAUGUCCUUAAGGAUUCCCAUGCAGGACUAG